CUUAUCGCGAUUAUGCUUGCUGAGUGGCCCUCGAGUACGUAAACAAACCUACUCUUGUUUACGUCCGAAAAUGUCACGUUUCUCGUAGUAGAGGAAAACAUAUGGAAAACUAUUGCUGCUUCAUUAUGGAUCAGAAUUCGAGGGAGACAUAGAAAUCGGAUUUUUUAGGACAUGAGCAUAGUACGCAUUCGCCAGUUCAGGAUGGCAGACUGUCUAUUAUCAAAAAUGUGCUCCAAAGGUAUAGCAGCUGUGAUUGGGGGGAUCCUGAUUCAUCUCACCCUUGGCAAUCUGUACAGUUUUGGUAACAUGAUGACAUACAUGGCUUCCUAUAUGCACGUCAGAGUUGACUCCAGUAUCGAUUAUGGAAAUUUUAUAUGGGUGAAUUCUAUAACUACAGCAGCUCAGGGCUGUUUUAUGGUAUUUGGAGGCCUGUUGGAGAAGAAAAUCGGGCCUAAAAUCACAUGCUUUGUGGGCUGUUCCUUACUCAGUGCUGGUAUCAUGCUGACCCACUAUACCAUUGAAGUAUCGCUCUUUGCUGUUACCAUGACCUAUGGGCUGUUGUCUGGUCUCGGAAUAUCCUUGUCUUAUGUUACUCCCCUUGCUUGUGGCAUGAAGUGGUAUCCAGACCGAAAAGGUUUUAUCAAUGGGAUGAUUGUAGCUGGGUUUGGUCUUGGUGCUUUAGGUUCUACCAACUUUCAAACUAUGUACCUGAAUCCAGACAACUUGCCACCUGAAAAAGAUGGGUACUUUAAAGACCCAGACUUGCUGAAUCGAGUGCCUGGUGUCUUUAUUGCAUUGGGUGUGAUUUUCCUGGUAAUGCAAUACUUAGGCUGUUUGCUACUAAGUAAACCCAGAAGUGAUCAUCACUGCUGGCAACAACAAGAGGGCGAGAGUUUACUUGUUCCCAGUGAAAUAGAGAAUAUAGAAGAGAGUGUGCCAGUUAGCACAGCUUUUGUGACAGAUAAUGAUCUACAACCCAUGGAAAUAAUCAGGAACAAGACCUUCUACCUUUUUUGGCUCAUCUACUUCUUCAACACCAUUGCCAUUGGCUACAUCAAUGCCAUGUAUAAGAGCUUUGGCCUAACCUUCAUCUCAGAUGACCACUUCUUGGCUGUCAUCGGCUCGCUGGCUGCUAUAUUCAAUGCCGUCGGCAGGGUCUGUUGGGGGAAGCUUAUGGACAAGACUUCUUUUAGGAUUGCUAUGCGCCUUCUGGCACUGCUGUUUGCAAUUCUCUUUGCAACCUUGCCAUUAACAAGAUUUAUGGGCAAAGGGGGUUUUGCAAUCUGGGUUUGGAUGAUAUUCUUCACGUUUUCCGGAACAUUUGUGCUGAUGCCGACUGUGAUUGAGAAGGCAUUUGGCUCUCAGUACUAUUCUGCUAAUUAUGGAUUGCUAUUUACCAGUCAGACUGUAUCUGGACCAUUGGUGGCAGCACUGAACCACUUGAUGUUAAAUGCUGUUGGCUAUACUGGUUGUUUCUUAUCCAUAUCAGCAGUUGUUUCCUUGAGUUUUAUCCUAACUUUUAUUGUACCAAAUGGCCUCUGAAGUACAGUUCUCCAAACAAGAACUGUUCAGAUUAAGAACAGUAUACAUGUUAUAUAAAGAAGAGUAGAUCUAUAGAUAAUUGGCAUAUUUCAUAAGAUAUAUAUAAAAGGUAUGUUUGUAUAAUAUAAAAAUCUAUUUUGCUGUGUAAUAUGAUGCACUAUAGUAUAUUUGUAUGGUCAGAAUUUGUAUUUUAAAAUCAAAAUGUGAAGAUAUCAGAAUAUUUUUUUUAUCUGGUAUUGCUUUUAUCAAAUUUUUACAAUGUUAUAUUUAGCAUUUAUAAGUUUAGGCUACAUCAAUUAUUUGAUGUACAGCAUUCUAUUUUAAUUGUUAAGGAACAUCAAACCAUCUUCAUGUGGGAAUAUAUAAUAAUGUUUUUAAGGAAAGAUAUCAAAACAUUUUUAAGAUUAAAGAAAACACAAA